AUAGAACUGUCAGAAAUAGACUAUUAAUGACAGUUCUGGGACUGUCCUUCCAUACAGCGGUUGAAACAUUGUAUCUAUUUGUUUCCAUAAAUGGAUCCAUUUAUGGAAACAAAUAGAUACAAUGUUUCAACCGCUGUAUGGAAGGACAGUCCCAGAACUGUCAUUAAUAGUCUAUUUCUGACAGUUUCUGACAUUCCCUCCAUACAGCGGUUGAAACAGCUGUAUGGAGUGAAUGUCCCAGAACUGUCAGAAAUAGACAGAAACUGUCACAGAACUUCUCCUUCUUUCUCAUCCUUCUCCUUCUUCUCAUCCUUCUUCUCAUCCUUCUUUCUCAUCCUUCUU